CCUACCCCUGUCAAUGACGAUAUUACCAACUCUCAAGCAACUGUCGCCACAUACAUAUCAUCUCAUGGCCACACCCCAACGCACCCCGGCUCCCCGAGUCCCAAUAUCCGGUAUCCACCUCAGUCAUCAACCACCACCACCAACAACAACACCUUAACAACGGACCAGAAUUUCAAUACCCAGUCCAAAACGACUAAAAUCCAGGCCAACAACUCAGCCAACCCCAAACAAUGGCGCUGCGACUGGAAGGACUGCAAAUACCGGGGCACAUUCCGCCAUAAGGCAGAGCUGAUGCGUCAUAUUGAGUUCUUGCAUGUUGCCCCAGGUUCACACAAGUGUCCGUCUUGCAGGAGGAAGCAUAAUCGUAAGGAUAAUCUUGGUGAGCAUUUGAAGGUUCGGCACUGA